CUCAAAACUCAAAAUCCAAUUUUUAAUUAAUAAUUCAAUCAUAUUUCAUUAUCUCUCUCCCUCUAACUUUCUGUGUCUAGAAAGUGGCGCUAGGCAUCAGCCAACUUUUAGAGAGAGAAAGCCACCAAGAAGCUUCCUUUCGCUGCCUGCCUCAGAUGCGUCGGUCUGCAUCGAAGAAGACGGUUCAAUCGAAUUCUACCACUGCUUCAAUUACUUUUUCAGCUACGGAUCUUUUUCGCUCCGCCUCAAGUAAAGCAUCUUCAAAAGAGAUGGAGCGAAUCGAUAACCUAUUUCACUCAUACGCAAACAGGUCUUCUGGUAUUAUUGACCCGGAAGGAAUUGAAACUCUAUGUUCAGAUAUGGAGGUGGAUCAUACUGAUGUCAGAAUCUUGAUGCUAGCUUGGAAAAUGAGAGCUGAAAAACAGGGAUACUUUACCCUGGAGGAGUGGCGAAGGGGCCUCAAAUCACUGAGGGCUGAUACUGUAAAUAAAUUAAAAAAGGUGCUUCUGGAGCUAGAAAAGGAGGUUAAGAGGCCAACAAACUUUGUGGAUUUCUAUACCUAUGCAUUUCGAUAUUGCCUAACAGAGGAGAAACAAAAGAGUAUAGACAUAGAGAGCAUCUGCCAAUUGUUGGAUCUUGUUUUAGGAUCCCAUUUUCGAGCCCAGGUUGAUUAUUUCAUUGAGUAUCUAAAGAUUCAGAGUGAUUAUAAGGUCAUAAACAUGGAUCAAUGGAUGGGCUUUUACCGUUUCUGCAACGAGAUAAGUUUUCCAGACUUUAGUAAUUAUGAUCCGGAACUUGCAUGGCCCCUGAUCUUGGACAAUUUUGUAGAAUGGAUGCGAGCAAAAAGGACCUAAAAGUCGAUGCUUUUGGUUACUUGGGUUCCCUGCUGUAAAACAUUAUUAUUAUUUAAGUAGGUAGUGGUGAAAUCCCUUUUCUUUUCCCCACCAUUUGGGAAAUGUAUUGUUUUCAUUCCAUACCA